UACGUGGUAUCCAAAAUGGAGAAUUCUAAGCAAAGCUCUCGUUUGGUUGCAGGUUCGAAAUACCUGUCGCGAGCCGAUACCAAACCAGAAGCUCGAUGGACGCUCGAAACAAAACGGAGGAACAUCGAGUCCGUCCUCUUAUAUACCAACGUUAUACCAUUUAUCUGGCAUCGCGGAAAAUACAAGUGCUUCAUCUGCAUGGACACACAAAAAAACCCCAACGAAAUACUCUGCCACUACGAAACUCACGACUGCGUUAACUUACCCGUAGCCGUAAAAAAAUACACUCAGCUGCGAGGCAACGCAGAAGCGGCGAUCAAAGUUGAAAUCACAGAUUUACAUUGCAAGCUGUGCUCAUCCAACGUGCAAGAUCUCGACGAGCUCAUACGACAUCUCAUUGACGACCACGACGUUGAAUACGACCUCGACAUACCGAACUGCUUCCUCCCGUUCCGACUGACGGGCACGCCCGCCUGCGGCACUUGCAACUUGGAAUUUGACCUAUUUGAGUAUCUCCUACGACACGCGAACAGAGAACAUCUGAAACACAGUUUCAUUUGCGAGAUUUGCGGGAAAAGUUUCUUUUCCGAACGAUAUUAUUCUGUGCAUUUAAAAGAUUUCCACAAGGAAGGCGGUUACGAGUGCGAAUACUGUGGUUUGGUAUUCUCCUCUAAUCCUAAGAAAGCUCUCCACGAGCAGACUGCCCAUCAGGCGAAAGUGUACAAAUGCUCGAUUUGUGACGAAACUUUAAAGAGCUUCUAUUUAAAAAACGUGCAUUUGUCUGAAGUGCACGGGGUUGAAGAGAGAAGAAUUAAAUGCCCACAUUGUCCGAAAGUGUUUCCUCAGGACAAUAUAAUGGUGCGGCAUCUAAAGCGUGUACACCAGAAAGUGAAAGAGCACGUUUGCCCGGUGUGUGGGGACAUGUUCUUCGAGAGUUACCAGAUGAAAGUGCACCUCAUGGCGCACACGGGACGCAAGGACUUCAAUUGUGAUUUUUGCGGGAAAACUUUCAUGAGGAAUUCAUAUCUCGCGAAGCAUAUUAAAUUGUACCACUCCAAGUCAGAUGUAAAAGAUGAAGUUGACACGGAGACAGUAGAGUGGACACAGUAGGUACACAGUACAGGACAGCAGUGUUUUUGUAAAGUAUUUUAUGCCUCAUACAAUUAAACA